GUUUUUGUUGUUUUCGUUUCGCAGACCGCAGUGUUAGUGUUUAUCCGCGUCUGCAUUGCGGACGAAGGUUUCGUUUACGUUUUUCUGUUUACGUUUCAACUUACAAUUCAAAUCCGCUACAGUUUCGGUUCGUGGAUGACCAAAUUGAUUUAAAAAUUUUUUUCCUGGAUACCCGCUAGUACCGUUGACUGAUUGUUCGAGAAAACCUUCGCUUCUCCGAGUCCCGUUGUUGACCCACAAAAUAUAAAUAGAGAACUUGGAAAAAUUUUUACCCCAAUGGCGGUAACGAUCCCGGGUAGACGCGAAUGCGUCACGGUAACGACGUUAUGAUGAACACAGCGACGACAAUAUGCAAUCUUGUAAGCCGAAGGUCACCGACCUAAAUCCACAUCUACUAUGUGUUCUGUGCGGUGGAUAUUUCGUGGACGCCACGACAGUGAUCGAAUGUCUGCACUCCUUUUGUCGAAGUUGUAUUGUCAAGUAUCUCGAACGCAACAAGUAUUGUCCAAUAUGCGAUGUAUUAGUCCACAAAUCAAAACCUUUAUCCAAUAUCCGGCCAGACCAUACUCUGCAAAAUAUUGUUUACAAACUUGUCCCACGUUUAUUUCAAAAGGAAAUGAUAAUGAGAAAAGAGUUUUACAAUCGAAACAAAGUAUACUUACCCAGGGACCCAAUGAGUCGCGGUGUAGUACCUGAUGACUAUCAUAUAUUUGCUGCCAGUGAUGCAAUCAGUAUAUGUCUUUAUUAUGAAUGCGAAACGAUUGAUAAAAAAAAUGUACAAGAUAAACAUAAACGAUAUCUGUGGUGCCCUGCGUCAUUGACAGUUAUAAAUUUAAAAAAAUUAGUUUACAUUAAAUAUGAAUUAAUACCAACUGACCAUCAUGUUGAGUUUUUCUACCAAAAUUAUUUACUAGAAGAUCACUUAACCUUAAUGGAUGUUGUUUACAUGUUUGAUUGGAAAAGGAAAGAUCCACUUACAAUAACUUAUCGUAUUCUUAAAAUUGAAAUUGAAUCUCUUACAAAUGAUGAAAUUUCAAAAGAAGAAAGUACAGUUGAAUCCAAAAAGGAUGAUGAAAAAUCUGAAGAAAAACAAAAUGAUUUGCAACAAAAUGUAGUCAACACAGAGUUAUGUAUUGAAGAAAUACUUCCAAAAAUAGAUGAAAACGUAUUGGCCAAUGACAAAAUAACAGAUUCUAAAGAAGUACAAUUGGAAAUAAGUGAAAAUGGUAUUAUGAAAGUUACAAAUAUUAACCAAAGUAGAGAAAAAAUACAAGCUAAUGUCACUAUAGAGCCUACUGAUAUAGCUAAAAAUGAAAAUCCAUCUAAAUCUAGUGAUAUUAAUGAUGAAAAAGAUGAUGAUAAGAAAAAAGCUUUAAAAGUAUACCCCGGAUCAAAAGUAAAAAAAACCAAACCUAAGUUAGAUACUAUUGUUGAAAAAAUUAAAAAGCAAGGAACUAAAUACAAAACAUUGACAUCCCCGACGAAACAUUGGAACCCAAGUAUAUCAAAAACUUCAGUUUUAGCCAAAAAGAAAGAAUUAAAUGGUAUUGAUAAAAAGUGUCAAAAAUUUUUUAAAUCAAGAGAUGAUAAAAAAGAUGAUGACAAGGCUGAAGACAGUUUGAAGAGGUUAGCUGAAGUACCUCUAAUGAAAAUUAAUCCUCAAACAUUAUGCCCAAUUAUGCCUUCUACUCCUGCUAAGAAACCCAAAAAACCUAUUCCUAAAAAAAAUACAUUAGCUCAUUCUUUGGCUCUACUACCUGUUCGGCCAACAAACCAUAAUCCAUUUACUAAUCCAUUGAAUCCAUUCAUGUAUGGAACAUUUCCAAACAAUUCAAAUGGAGAUCCGGCAUCUACAAAUGGUUUUCUUAAAGCCAUGUCUGAGUUAUGUCCACCAUCUUCAGCUUAUCACAAUUCUUUGCCACCGUCAGUUAGUGUACUUUUCAACCCCUUAUAUACUCAUCAUAGACAAAGUCAGCCAAAGAAGGCUACUUUAGCUGUACCUCAAUCGCCUGAUGUACAGAAAUUACCUGCCAAUAAAAUAGAAGAAAAAUCUGAGUCUAUAGAAGAUAAAACCAAUGACAAAGGUAACAAUAAAGAUGAAUGUACUAAUAAUAAUAAAGGUGAAGAGAAAAUGGAAGUUGAGAAAGAAGUAGAAAAAGAAAAAACUUAAUACAAUAACUUUAUGAUAGGUAACACAAAACUAAAAAUUGAAACCUAUAUGGCUAUAUAACUAAAAUCUUUAGAUGAUGGUAGUGAUAGAAAAUACUUUAAAGAUAUUUGAAAGUUUUAUAUUGACAUAUUAAUAUAUUUUGUUAUAUUAACCUCUCCUAACCUAAUGGACAGUUAUUAUGUUCAAUUAUUUUCUAGAUAUUCUAUACAGUUGAUAUAUUUCUAAAGAAUUUUUUUUACUUUAAAGUUUUGAGCUAAGAAUAUUUAAAUGUAGUAAAAUAUGAUUUUUCUAUCAUUCGCUUGUAUGAUUUAUAGUAUCACAUGUCCAUGACAAUAUUCUUUGAAACACAAAUAUGGAAAUUUGGAAUUUAUAUGUGAUUAAAUCACUAUAGGACAUGGUUGACCAUUGUGUUGGAAAUGUGAAUGACUAUUUUAUUUAUUCAAUUACUUAAUGUUAAUAUAAUAUUUUAGAUAAGACAGUUAACUUUGAUUUAUGCAUCAUAUAUAUAUAUAUAUAUAUAUAUAUUUAUAUAUACGACAACUAAUCUUCCUUUAUCCUCCAUAUUUAUAUAAAUUAAUAUUUUAAACAUUGUCUUAGGUAUCGUAUCUACCUUUUAGGUCAGGUUUAAACUUAAAGCAAUAAUAGUUAUCAAUAGAGAACGGAUUUAUAUGCACAACAAUUCCUCAAAAAUACUGUGAUAUGCUACUAAAUAUGCAUUUAUUUUUAAUAUGCACUUAAAAUAAGUAAUGUAAAAAUAAAGUAUUAAAAAUCUGUGAAUACAUUUUUGUGUAUUAAAAAACUUAGCUCAAUAUUAGAAGUAUUUAUUUCUACUUUAUACAUGCAUUCAAAUCUUCAUCUAGUUUAUUUUCCCUUUUAAAAUCUUUGAAAGUAUCUUCACUUUUUUAUUUUUAAAACCAAUUUUUAUUUUUUGUACUAUCGUUAAUUUGUCUUUUAUUAUAACACCAAUUUGAUUUUUACACUUUCAAUUUUGAUAAUUUCUUCUUUCUUGAAAUAGUCUGUACUGUUCGAUAAAAGAAGUAUUUCUUUAUUAAUUUCUAAGUUUGUAUUUCUUUUACAAAAAUAUACAUUAUAAAGUCACAAAAUAAAAAUAUGCAAAAUAAGAGGAAAACAUUAAAAUAUAUGAAAUAAAAUUUAUGUUAUUUUAAUACAAAUGGUUUAAAUCAAACAAUUUUUAUCAAUUUUCAAUUGUUAAUUUUAAUAUUAUAAAUAUAUUACAUAUAAUCCGUUUCUUUGUUAUCAACGAUCAAAUAUACAUGGAAUCAAACAUUUUAAAUUAAAAAUCAUGUAACAUAGCAAAUAUUAAAAUUAUUUCUCUCCUAAUAAAAAUAACGUACUAAUAUUAUAAGUGGGAGUGAAAUGUAAAUAAAAAUAUAUUUAGUUUUUCACUUUUCUAAAAAUGGUCACCCUAUUCAAACAAUAAGCCUAUGACUAUUAGACGGCUUAAAUAUUUAUGUAUAGCCAAAUAUUAAUAUUUCGUGUAUUUCGAAAUCUUAUUCAUUAUUACUCUCAAAUUCUAGUCCUAGAUUAAGGUGUAUAUUGUGUUUAAAAAAAAAAAAAAUAAUAACAAUUGUUUGUAUAAGUGCCUUCAGUAUUUAAUUAUUUAAACCUUUGUUCAUAUAACUAAGUGAUAUAAAUAUGUUAGUAUUUUACAGCUCAAUGUUUUAAAAUGUGAAAUAUAUACAGGGUAAAAAAUGCACUGUGCUCACUAUGUUUUUGUGACCAAUUUAUAAUAUUUUUGUUACUCACUAACAUUACAUCUUGAUUGUGUAAUUUCUGAAGGAAUAUACAUAUACUCUAUUUGAUAAUAAAUCAAACUACUCUUAUACACGGAAGCUCCAGUGAUGUUUAAACACUGUCCUACUUAGUUGUCAGAUUUUACUAAUCUUUGCAGUAGGAGCUUUUUACAGAUUUGUCAUGUUUGAACAUGAUCAGUUUUCAUUUAUUGAGCAUUCUUAUCCUGAAUAGAUUACCUAAUGUUAUUAAUCGUCCUAUAAUUUGAAAUGUUAGAACAAGUGUGUAUGUACCAAUAGUUAGGUUAAUGGACAUUAUCACUCAUAAAGUCUUGAAGUAUUUUUUUUACAAAUAUCGGUCUCAAUUAUACAAAACUUAAUAUAAGAAUCAUAUUAUAACAAAUAAAAAUAAUUAGCUUUUUAUUUUGAUAAAAAUUUACUUGGAGGGAGUUCUUUAAUAUCCAUUUAUGUAUGAUAUAAUUUUACUAACUUGUGAUAUUAUUAAGACGUUUUUGAAAUUUAAUUUUGAAAGUUCAUUUAUUGAAAAUUUGGUGCCAAAAACUAUUAAAUUUUACAAUUCUAAAAUGUAUACUUACACUUAUAAUUUAACUAUUGUUAUUCAUAGUUGGCACAGUGCACAUAUUAUUAAGUAUAUAACAUUUAGUAUUUUAUUUAUAAUUAUAUACAAUUUAUUUUAAAUUUAUAUUUUUAUAGAGAAUUUUACUAUUUGUUUAUCGCAUUAAAAAAAAAACUCCAUUUUAUAUAUAAUACAUUAUAGUAUUCUUAGUUAUUGAUGGUCUACUUUUUUAUGAUGUUAUUGUUAAUUUUUUCCUAAAGAUCAAUAUCGAAAAGUAAUAAGAUGACCUAUAAACGUUUUAUAUAAAUAAAUCUCAAUGUUGUAUGUAAUUUAUAAUCUAAAUUUUAUGAGAUUGAAUAUUUUUUAAUAAUUUAUUAGAAAAAGACCAAAUAAUAUAUUUUUAUUACUCUGUAUAAAAUUACUUGCAUGCCUAAAAUGUUUCAAACAAAUAAUAUAUCCUUAUGUUAAGAAUAUAUUAAAGUAUUUAAACUUGGUUUCAUUUGCAUUAAAAUUGUUGACAUGCAUGUAUUUUUACUGAUUAUUUGAUUCACAAAAAUCAAAUUCAAAAAUUAAACAGAAUAUUUAUAAAUAACAAGUCAUCUCAAGUAAUCUAUACCUACUGUAAACAUUUAUAUUUUAUAAAUUUUAAUUUAUUUUAUUUUUGUACAAUUAUUGAAUUGUUAUUUAUGUAAUUUUUUUAAGAUAAUUUAUACACAACAAUUAUAUUUUUUAAUUGUUAAGAAUUGAAAAGGUGUAAUGAGUUUUAUAAAUAAAAUAUUUUUGUGGUUUUUUUUUUUUUUAAUGUUCAAUAAAAUCAGUGUUUUGUAUUUUA